UUGUUUUAAUGCAACUCUGGUGUUUACCAACAAACGUUAAAAGAAAAUAGGUCUAUAUGUUGAGGAACAAAAUUAAUGGUUAAAGCUCUGAAAUGGUACAAAAUUUGCAAUUGAGCAACUUUAUUAUUGUGCCAAUCACGUAAUAGUAUGGAUGUAAAUGCCAACAUUCCCAGUGUGUUAUGAAACCUUUGUUUACAUAGCACUGACUACGUCUGCAAACACGAAAAACAAACCAACCUUGUCAACCGCAUAAAAUAUAUAGUACCAGUAUUCUUACAAGUAAGAUCGUGCGUAUUUUGUGUCUAUGCAUGGUCUCAGAAAGAUCAUUCCCUGGAAUUAAAAAAAUGAAGUUUCUUUCCAUCACGUUGUCGAUGUUGAACUUCAUCGUUGGGGUGAUCGGUGAAAGUCCUCGUGUGACGGUCAACGAAGGAACACUAGUCGGAAAGACGGUGGAAUUCAGUGAGAAUAAGUUCAUCAAUAUCACAAAGAAUGUCGAUUUAUUUCUGGGUGUUCCAUUUGCCAGUCCUCCUCAACGGUUCUCUCCUCCAGGACCGAUGACGUCAUGGUCAGGUGACAGGAACGCGACCGAGUUCUCACCAGCAUGUCAACAAGCCCAAUCCAACGCCCUCUAUUACCCAGUCAUGUCAGAAGACUGUCUUUAUCUCAAUGUCUACUCACCAAGCCCGAAGUCGUCUGGACUACCUGUCAUGGUGUGGAUUCAUGGAGGGUCGUUUUCAGCUGGGUCGGCUAUGGACUAUGAUUACUACGGUGUUCCGAUGGUUGCUGUUGGUGACGUCAUCGUAGUUACCAUCAACUACAGACUGGCCAUCUUUGCACAGUUUUCAACCGAGGACUUUGAAGCUCCUGGUAACUAUGGAAUGUUGGACCAGGUUGCUGCUUUGGAAUGGACGUAUAACAACAUCGAAGCCUUUGGAGGUGAUAAGGACCGAAUCACUAUAUUCGGAGAGAGUGCUGGAGGAGCAAGUGUUAGUUUUCAUGUUCUCUCGAAACUCAGUCGAGGGUUCUUCAGUCAAGCCAUUUACCAGAGCGGAACAGCAUUGAAUCCCUGGGCCUUCAAGCACGACCCUGCUGGAGAGACGGAGAAGGCUCAAGAGCUUGGACGAUCGAUGGGUUGCGAUGAUGUAUCAUCUACUGCUGCUUUGGUCUCCUGCUUGAGGAACGUACAAGAUCCUGCAGCACUCACUCAAGCUGCCGAUGUGAUUUACCAGGCAGCCUAUCCCGUGACUUUGGAUGGAACCUUCUUAGAAGAUACCCCAACCAAUCUUUACAAGAUGGGAGACUUUGCCAACGUACCAGUCAUGGUGGGAUUCAACAAAGAUGAAGGAACGUUGUACAUUUUACAAGUUCUUCCCGAGUCCUUCGGUAGCCCGCUACCACCCUAUAUCAAUCGCACUUCCUUUGAAAAUUUCAUCCGAUAUGUCAUGAUUUACUAUGACCGCAACGACGAGAUCGUCAAUGAUGCCGUGUUCCAGGAGUACAUUGACUGGACGAUGGCGGAUGAUGGUGCUGCUGAUUACUUCCAAUCCACAGUUGAUUUCGGCACUGAUUUCGACUUCGUUUGUACAUCAGAUAUGGUGAUGAGGGUGCACGCACAAGCCGGUGGUACUGUCUACAAAUAUUACAUGACGCAUCGUCCAUCUGAGAGUUUAUUCAAGUAUGGUGAUGUAAUUCCUAAUAUUCCUUGGCUGGGUGCUGGGCAUGGGGAAGAGUUGACCUUUGUCUGGGGUCAUCCAUUCAUUGCAGAACUUAAAGAUAUCCAUGGACACAACUUGACGGACGAAGAAAAGGCGCUCUCUGUAAAGCUUAUGAAGUUCUGGACGAACUUUGCAAACUCAGGAAAUCCCAGCAAGCCAAGUAUGGAUGAAGAGCCUGGAGAAGAGGAGGAUUUCUGGCCUCUGUAUACGAUCCCUGAGCUCAACCACAAGGAACUAGCCCUGCAGCUAGGUGAAGGCAGAGCUCUAAGAGCCCGACAGUGCCAUUUCUGGAACGAAUACGUGACAGCACUUCAAGCGUUCUCAAGUUCGAUCGAUGAAGAUCAGAAGGCCUGGCGUGAGAGCUACGAUGAUUGGAAGGAUGAUAUGACUGAAUGGCAACAGACAUUUGAAGAAUACAAACAGCAACCAACAUGCAAUUAGACACAUUCCCUAGCAUGUUCCUCUUCUUUUGGAGAUAUUAACAUCAUUAAUGAAAUCAGUUAUUCCUACAAAAACUCAUAUUAGAAUGACUUAUAAUCCAUUAUGAGAGACUGCGCAUGCUCCUCCUUUACCAUGUAUACCAGAGCCUUCGCUAUAUAGUAUAUAGUCUAGUCAAUGUAUUUAUAUUAAUAUACCACUUUAUAAUUUACAAUCAUUUUUUUUUUGUUAGUGAUAUUUUUUCGUACUCUUAUUACUUAUUACUGAAUUUUUUAAUUUACUGUUUUAACG